CCAGAGGAGACCGUCCAAUUGCCAAGCAACCCACUGCUAGCCAAUCAGGGAGCUCGGAGGUGAUGUCAUGGCGAGAGCCCAGCAGUGGUGCUGAUGUUGAGAGAAGCCCAGGGUACCACUAAUUGAGGGAGUGAGAAGAGAGCAGCUCUCUUCGGAAACCGGACUGCAGGGUUGGGAUCGUGUUCUGAGCUGGCAAUAGACAUUUGCUGUGACUUUCAGUCAAUCCAAUCACCAGAUUCCAGCCACCAUGACCCUCGCAGCCUACAAGGAGAAGAUGAAGGAGCUCCCGCUGGUGUCUCUGUUCUGCUCCUGCUUCCUGUCUGAUUCCCUGAAUAAAUCAUCCUACAAAUAUGAAGGCUGGUGUGGGAGACAGUGUAGGAGGAAAGGUCAAAGCCAGCGGAAAGGCAGUGCUGACUGGAGAGAAAGAAGAGAACAGGCAGAUACCGUGGACCUGAACUGGUGUGUCAUCUCUGACAUGGAAGUCAUUGAGCUGAACAAGUGCACCUCGGGCCAGUCCUUUGAAGUCAUCCUGAAGCCGCCGUCCUUCGACGGGGUGCCGGAAUUUAACGCCUCCCUCCCCCGACGGCGAGACCCGUCGCUAGAAGAGAUUCAGAAGAAGCUAGAAGCAGCAGAGGAGCGAAGGAAGUACCAGGAAGCCGAGCUCCUGAAGCACCUAGCGGAGAAACGGGAGCACGAGCGAGAGGUGAUCCAGAAAGCCAUUGAGGAAAACAACAACUUCAUCAAGAUGGCAAAAGAGAAGCUGGCCCAGAAAAUGGAAUCCAACAAGGAGAACCGGGAGGCUCACCUGGCCGCCAUGUUGGAGCGGCUGCAAGAGAAGGAGCCGCCUGCUGCGCGGUGACUCCCGGGACCGAUCGGUGGCCUCGUCCCAUGGACAAGCACGCAGAGGAGGUGCGGAAGAACAAGGAGCUGAAGGAAGAGGCCUCAAGGUAAAGCCCAGAGGCCAAGGAAGCUUCCAGGACAGCCGGACGGCUCCCACAGCAACCUGGUUCCAGCAGCCUUGACUGCUGGCUGCUCUCCCAGCACUGGGGUUUGGGGGGAGGGGGGGUGGCCAAGGGGCGUUUCCUCUGCUUUUGGUGUUUGUAUAUGUAAAGAUUGACCAGUGAAGCCAUCCUAUUUGUUUCUGGGGAACAAUGACGGGGUGGGAGAGGGGACAGAAGGAGAGAGUGUUGAAAAGGAGGUAGAGAUGAGCCCAUGGACAUUGUGACACUGUCCACUGACUGAAGACUUGGGCCAAGGCCCCCGCUUUUCAUGGCUCUGCCUGGACACCGGCCUCCAGGUUCUGAGUGGAGAGAAGAUGAGAACCGAGGCAGAAGUUCAGAGUGAAGGGCAGAGUCCUGGUGGGGUAAUGGCUGCAGGGCCAGCAGGACAAGCCCAUCUGGAUGGAGUGAGACCUGCCCUUCAGUGGGUGGUAUAAGGUCUGUGUGUGUGUGUUAAUUGUCAUCUUUUGAUCAUCAUGACCAAUGAAACAUUUA